ACCUCUCUCCUCCCUUCCUCUCCGCAGCGCAGCUCCUUUCUUCCUGGGCUCACUCUGUCGUUGGCGUUUCGCGUUGACUGGCCAGAGUCCGCGAGCUGAACACCCUCUCUUCUCCCUUCUCUCUCUCCCUCCAUCCAUCCAUCCGUCUUCUGCAGCUAUUCACCCGACCCAUUCAUCUCUGUACUGCCCUCAGGACUUCUCUGUUCUGUGAACAUCACUUCCUGCUCUGUCUCUUGAGCAUCUGAUUGGCCAUGGCGUACCAUAGUUUCCUGCUGGAACCAAUUAGCUGCCAUGCCUGGAACAAAGAUCGCACCCAGAUCGCCCUGUGCCCCAACAACCACGACGUGCACAUCUACAAGAAAGAUGGCGCCAAGUGGACCAAGAUCCACGAGCUGAAGGAGCAUAACGGGCAGGUGACAGGUAUCGACUGGGCUACGGACAGUAACCGUAUAGUCACCUGCGGUGCCGACCGCAACGCCUACGUGUGGACCCUGAAGGAGGGCACCUGGAAGCCCACCCUGGUCAUCCUGCGGAUCAACCGCGCCGCUCGCUGUGUGAAGUGGUCGCCCAGAGAGAACAAGUUCGCCGUCGGCAGCGGCUCCCGCCUCAUCUCCAUCUGCUACUUUGAGCAGGAAAACGACUGGUGGGUGUGUAAGCACAUCAAGAAGCCCAUCAGGUCCACCAUCCUCAGUCUGGACUGGCAUCCCAACAACGUCCUGCUGGCUGCUGGAUCGUGUGACUUCAAAUGCAGGGUGUUCUCAGCCUACAUUAAGGAGGUGGAGGAGAAGCCCGGCCCCACUCCCUGGGGCAGCAAGAUGCCGUUCGGGGAGAUGUUGCUCGAGUCCGGCGGGUCCGGAGCCGCGGAUCAGAGUUCGGGAGGAGGAGGAGGAGGCGGCGGCGGCGGCUGGGUGCACAGCGUGUGCUUCUCGCACUCCGGCAACCGCCUGGCCUGGACCUCCCACGACUCCACUGUGUCUGUCGCCGAGGGAGGCAAGACGGGAACGGUGAUCAGCCUGAGGUCAGAGACACUUCCCCUUCUGUGUGUCACCUUCAUCACUGAGAACAGCUUAGUAGCAGCUGGCCACGACUGUUGCCCGGUGCUGUUUGUGUACGACGGCGCCAAAGCCUGCUUGACAUUCGGCGGCAAGUUGGACGUGCCCAAGCAGGCGGCUCAGAAGGGCAUCAGUGCCAGGGAGCGUUUCCAGAACCUGGACCGUCGGGCCUCAGAGACCCAGAGCACCGACAAGGACCUGAACACCCUGCACAAGAACAGCAUCAGCCAAAUCUCGGUGCUGGAAGGAGGACGAAACCAGUGCUCCAGGUUCUGCACCACCGGCAUGGACGGAGGAAUGGGCAUCUGGGAUGUCAAGACUCUGGAAUCUGCAAUGAAGAACUUGAAGAUAGUCUGAACUGAAGUUUACACGAAACCGCGCAAAAGUAUAGUAGCUUCUGGAGAUAUGAAGAAAAAACUGCUGCCUUGUCACACAAAGCUUCUUGGCCAUAUUUGUAAUCAGGUAUCUUUUUUACAUGAAUAUAUAUAUGAAGGUUAAACGAUCAGACUCAGGUCAAAUGGUGUUUGCAACCCCCGCCCCCCGCAGCUCUUUGCCGAGCUUGUAGAAACGGAGGGCCUGACCAUGGGUCUGCAAACGGUACAGUGUAAUCACGGACUGAAUGCUUAAAGCAGGAAUUUUAUAUUAAUCUGAAUGAAAAAAACGCUGCAGUAGUUGUCUAAAGCUUAUGCUGGUCAUAAAAUGCAUAUCAUAAAAUGAUUGUCACAGUGCUCAA